UACGCUAGGGACAAGCAGCCCUCGGCUGGUCAUUGACUGGAUCACAUACUCCCUCUGCUGUCUGUUAGCAUGGAUAGGCUAGCGUUAGCCUGGACGGGCUGGUGUUAGCAUCAGAGAGGCUAGCCAUUAGCGUGCCUAGGCUGGCCACUAGCUGGAUUUCCUACCCCCUCGACGGACCUUUAGCAUGGAUAGGCUGGCGUUAGCAUCAGAGAGGCUAGCCAUUAGCAUGUGUCGGAGAGCCACUUACGCUAUUGGAUGCAUUUUUUUUGUACUUUUAUUAAAUGUAUGACAUACUAUGAGACCUCCAAUCACAGUUGUUCCUUUGACAGAAUACGUUGUUAUACAGAUUAAUAGCUAGCCUCUGCUAACACCAGCCCGUCUAGGCUAACGCUAGCCUAUCCAUGCUAAUAGACAGCAUGUGAUCCACUCAAUGACCAGCCGAGUGCUGCUAGUCCCUAGCAUAUCUAGUAGUAACACCGUUAAAGGUGCUAUUUCUCAGUUAGCAGCGCCAGCGUCUCAGUUACCGGCGCCAGCUUAUCAUUAAUCAGCUUGGUAGUUUGCAUCGGAACUUAUAUAGCCUCCUGCUGCUGGGCAGUAGUCUUAAUUUUGUUCCCCAUACUGCCCCAUAAAUCCUAACCCCAAGAAUGAAUUCAUUCAAAGGCUGAUGAGCACAUUAGGGUUUUAGUUUUGUUUUAAACAACCCUAGAGUUGGAGCAGAUCUGAGAUCCAGGGGAAGCUGAUUCCAUUUAUGAGCAGCAUAGUAGCUAAAAGCAUCUCCGCCCUGUUUGUUUCUGACCCGGGGUUCUACCAGCUGGCUGUAUCCUAAGGAUCUACUGGGUGUAUAUACGGGAAUGAAAUCUGACAUGUAUUUUGGUCCCAUGCCAUUGAGUGAUUUAUAAACUAGUAGGUGCACUUUGAAAUCUAUUCUGUGGUUUACUGGUAACCAGUGUAGGGAUCUAAGAACAGGAGUGAUGUGCUUCGUUCUCGUGGUUCUUGUUAAGACUCUAGCAGCAGCAUUCUGAACAUACUGCACUUGCUUCACAGCUUUUUUGGGAAGACCAGUUAGGAGUUAUUGUUACUGUUAUUAUUAUUAUUUUCAUGGUUGUUGUUCUUGUUAAUAUUAUUAUUGAAGGUUCCUGAUGAAGGUACUAAUCCUGAUGCUCCAUUUGGACGCGUUAAGGAUAAAAGUGGUUCGAUGAGGAAUUGUGACAAUGGUCUAUAAGGAGUAAAAAGGUUUUAACGCAGGAAGUGACCAAAUGAAUAAGAGGACAACAGAACUCUUUAAUAAACUGGACUUAAGGUGGGUCCCACCUCUAAGGUUUUUACAGAAAUGAAGUCAUGUAACACAAAGAAACAGUCCUAAUCUCAGUGUGAUCCAUGCAAAUGAGUCAAUGUUUUUCUGGUUUUGCAUCUACUGUGCUUUACCAGGAGAAGGGUCUUGUGAAAUUUACCGGUUGAUCUACGUUCCUACUCUCAUCUACGGUCGCAAGCUUUGGGUAGUGACUGAAAGAAUGAGAUCGUGGAUACAAGCGGCUGAACUGAGUUUUCUCUGCAGGGUGGCUGGGCUCUCCCUUAGAGAUAGGGUGAGAAGCUCGGUCCUCUGGGAGGGGCUCAGAGUAGACCCGCUGCUCCUCCACAUUGAGGAAAACCAGUUGAGGUGGCUCGGGCAUCUGGUUAUGCCUACUGCACACCUCUGGAGGGACUAUGUUUCUCGGCUGGCCAGUGUCACGGUCUGUGUCUGCGUCUCCCUCAUGUGUCUCCUUGUGUGCUCCAUUCCCCUCUAAGAAUCCCCCUUAUGUCUCUCUUUGUGUUCCUCGUGUGUCCCCUGGUCUUCAGCCCUCCAGAUAUUCCCUCUCAGGUCCUGUGUUCCUUCGGUCUUCCCCAGUCACCCCUCUGCAGUUUUUAUAGGUUCAGCUUCUCAUUUUAUUUUGUCUCUUUAGUAUGUUUUCCCCACAGGUUUUUGUAGUUUUCCUUCCCCUUAGAAUAUUAUUUAGCUGCCUCUUCUUGUCUUUAGGUUUUUUACUCUUAGGUCAUGUUAGUUUCUUCCCUAAUUACUAACUCUGUUCACCUGGCCUCUCUUCCCACACAGCUGCAGGUCAUCUCCCUCUCAUCCUCCCCAGUGUAUAAAGCCCUGCCCGUGUCUCAGUGUCUUGUCGGUCCAUUGUUUUGUUGUCAGCGUUGUUUUGAGCUCUAUAUGAGCUUUUGUAUCUCGUCUCCAGGUUUUGUGCUCUAAGUGAGCUUUUGUAUCUCGUCUCCAGGUUUUGUGCUCUAAGUGAGCUUUUGGUUCUAGUCUCCAGGUUUUGUGCUCUAAGUGAGCUUUUGGUUCUAGUCUCCAGGUUUUGUGCUCUAAGUGAGCUUUUGGUUCUAGUCUCCAGGUUUUGAGCUCUAUGUGAGCUUUCGGUCUCCUGUGGUUCAGGACUUAUGUUAUGGGCUUCCUGCCCUUUUUGGAUUUUUUGGUUCAUCAUCCUAAAUAAAAGGAUUAACUUUUAAACCGCUCCUGCCUCGUUUCAUCUGGGGUAAUCUGCAUCUCGGGUCCUAACAACCUCCUUGCUCUCAACGUGACAGCCAGGGAAUUUGGGAUGUCCCCUGCGACACGACCCCGGAUGAGCAGAAGAAAAUUGAUGGAGGAAUGCACUCUAAUAUAUUACUUGAAAACGAGGUAUUAUGUACCUCAUAAUAUACUUAUUUAUAAAUACAAAAUACCUCAUAUUCUUGUAAUAUUUUUCUUCUUUUCUUUCCAUCCUGAAUUCAUCCUCAUCUCCACCAAAACCAGUACGUGACAUCCUGUUAGCAUAGUGGCCCACUUAUUACCCUGUUUGGGCAGUAAUUCAAUUCAAUUCUAUUCAAAAAUACUUUAUUAAUUCCAGAUGGAAAUUGAUUGCUGUAGUAGCUCAGAAUAAUAAUAAUAAUAAUAAUAAUCAAGUCAUCAAAGAGUUGUUGUAUAUUAUAAUGGCUGUUGGCAGGAAGGAUCUCCAGUAGCGGUCAGUGUUGCAGCCAAACUGAAGAAGCCUCUGACUGAAGACACUCUUCCGUUGUCGGACAGUCUUGUGAAGAGAAUGCUCAGGGUUGUCCAUCAUUUUCUUGAUUCUCUGGAGAAUCCUUCUUUGCAUUAUCUCCUCCAGCGAUUCCGAAACUGCCGAAACUCUGGCUGAGUCCUUCAAAGGGCUUGGAGUUCCUCCAUCUUGUUGGCCAGUGAUGUCACAUUCCCCACUAUGAUCGAUGGAAGAGAUGGUUUGAAUUUCCUCUUUCUCUGUCUCCGUUUUGCUCCCGCUCUGCACCCACGCUUCUUGCGUUUUAGCUCAUUUGGGAUUUGUGGCUUCAGUUGAGGUAUUAUUUCAACCUUUCCAAUGUUAAUCAGCUGCUCCCGAUUGUAAACCAGCUUGAUGAAAAAAAGCUAAAAAAUAGCAGUAAAAAAGCUUCACAGCACCAGAAACAGAAAAGUAAAGUGUCCAAAAAAUACCGUUUUUCUUGAGAAACUAGAAGAAAAAAUGUCCAAGAAAAGGCUAAGCUAACAUAUAGUCAACAGAGCUACUCCAACAUGCAGCCACCCAGAGCAGCGCAGUUCCGACAAAAACACGUCGUGUUCCAGCACGGUAUUUCCAACUCAAUUAAAGAGACUAAAACCUUCUAAUACUUCUUUUUGAACUCCAUUUUAAUUGCAGCCAUAGAUCAUUUUUUGUUCGAGCUAUUUUUAGAUUAUUCGGUGACGUGGAAAUGUGCACUUUUAAUGUGGAAGAAUACGUCUGCAUGUGGUUUCAUGCACAAAGUGCCUUUACAUAAAUAUUCUGUCCAAUGUUACUUGUCUCGUUCUCUUUUUUGUUUUUACACCAAUUCAAACUUCAGCAUUGCAGAAAGUAGCUUUCACAGAUGACACCGCUCUUCUGUGUGGUACUUCUGAUACAGGCAGCUGCAUUUAUUGCUUUUAACAGAAGUGUGGACGUUCCUGAGCUUCUCUACACCGGAGCGCGGGGAAACGAUGGCUCUCAUCUUCUGGAGUUUCUGCCUCGAUUUUCCAUCUUUAAUUCACUGAAUGAUCAUUUUAGCUGCUUUAUGAAUCUAAAAGUAGAAGAAUGAAGGAGGCUGAAUCAGAAGAUGAUUGAGAUUUAAUCACAACUGAAACAUUUCUCCACACAUAACUUUCCCAAUGAUCUAAUGAACAAAAAACGUUUGUGUUGCUGCUGUAACACAAUUAGUUCUUCCUCCCUAUGACUUCCGUAACCAUGGCGACAGCAGAGCAUCCCCCUCUGGUCUCCUGAGCCUGUUAAUUGUCCUGUUAGAGUCCGAGUGUCCACACAGACCAGGUCUUCUGGGUUCUGGUGCAGCGAGGACUCCCACCGGGGCUCAUUACCGUCAGACGCAGCAGCAACGAUGAUGUAAGCACACAGGUGACCUCUGACACCACGCUGGCGAUCCAAGUGAAAACAUCAAAGCCUUCUAGGCAAUCUCUGGGGCCAAACAAGGUCACAGGUUCACCUGAGCAGUCUCAGGUAACUUUGCUCAUUUUGGAGGUGAAACAACAAAACGGAACAUUUGUACUUCGAGCUGACGAAGCCGUGUUUCUGCUUGUGUCUGUUUAACCAGCAGGAUCUCACGUCUUUCACCAGUUUCCAGUUCUCUGUUCCUAAAACCAAACGGGGUUUCCUAAAUCUAAAGAAAGGAGCUUUGACCUGAAGGCCUUCUCAGACUGAGCAGAAGGAAUGUGUUUAAAACUAUUGUUGAUUAAAGAUGUUUGAAAUCACAAAGUACAAGGCAAGAAACAUGAUGAACAGAUGGAUGGAUGAACAGAUGGCGUCGUCGUCUGCUCAGAUGAUGUCUCUGUGGGUGCAGGACGUCUUGAUGGUAGGGUGACCUCUCUGUGGUGGGGUGACGACUCCUUUGGAAGGUGGUGUCUUCCUGGCAUUGUAACAUCGCCAUGGCGGGAGGACUUCUCUAUAUUUGGGUGAUGUCUCCAUGGUGGAGGGAUGUCUUCCUGGCAGGGAGGUCAUCUAAAUGGUGGGAGGACAUCUCCACAUUAGAACGAUUUCUCCACAAAGGGAGGACGUCUCCUUGGUGAGGACAUCUCCUGUCCGUGGGGAUUCUAACCGUCAGCAGCCUCAUCCAGAAGGUAUAAAGCAGCAGCAUCAGUGGCGCACCAGCUGAUGAUCAUCUGAAGCUCAAACAUCAAACACCGCAGGUUGCUCCUCCAGCUGAUGUGCAGGUUUCUCUGAACGGACAUCUGCACGUCGGCAGCAUCCGGCUGCUGAUCUUUUUUAAGAGUACCGGUAAAUCAAACGAUCAGCUGCUGACGGGUUUCUGGAAGGGUGUGUGGUUUGCUACAGGAACAAGAAGAAAGGUCUGAGUGAAACCAGCUGCUAAGAUUGAAUCUCUUUUGACAGCGAAGGUGUCUCAGGUCCUCCUAACAGCUGACCUGGUUCGUGUCAAACAUGUAAAAUUCUUAAUGAUCCACACAGAGCAGUGGAAAAGCUCUACCACCUCCACCCUUCUAUGGUUUCACCUCUGGUUCCCUUCCUGUCGUUCAUUCUUCAUCGUUAAGUUUUCAGCUUCUUUCCUGUCAUAUUAGUAAAAAUCUGCUUUUAGAUGGUUCAGUUCCUCCGGUGGUUCUUCUGCACGGGGUUGAGGACUUUAUCAGGAGGGGCCAAAGGUCACCUCCGUAGACGACGAUAAACAGCUGAUUAUUAUGUUUGUUGUGAAACUUGCAGUUUGGCUCUUUGAAAAAAGACAGACGUUAACGUGUUUCCUUCAGAGUUGACUUUAAUUGGAGUUUUUGUUUUUAUUCUAGUGACAUGAAACCGUUUUGUUUGUGUCUGAAAGGAAAAAGCUGAAGUAACAGAAACUUGUAGUUCAUCUGAUUCUCUCUGCUUGCAGGCUGGUGACGGGAGCGUUUCCGGCUGAAAGCAGGAUGACCAACAUCUCUUCACACAAACACUUUAUCCUGGUUGGUUUUGAAGAACUCGGAGCUCUGAGACCCGUCCUCUUCCUCCCGUUCUUCCUCAUGUUCGUCGUCUCGCUGCUGGCCAACUCCCUGUUGGUGUAUGUGGUCAUUUCCCGGAGAGCCCUUCAUCAGCCAAUGAGCAUCCUCAUAGCUGGCAUGGCCUGCGUUGAACUCUGCCUCCCAGUAUUCUUUGUGCCCAACAUGCUGCUGAACUUCCUGUUUGACUGGAAGGGGAUCUCUCUGAUUGGCUGCCUGAUUCAGAUGCACUUCAUUCACUUUUUUGGAGCUUUUCAGACCACCUUCUUGGUGUGGAUGGCUCUGGAUCGCUACUUUGCCAUCUGCACGCCUCUUUACUACCACGAGGUGAUGGCUCUGCAGAGAUUCAUCAGGUUUGUCAUCCCGCUGUGUGUCAGAAAUGCUUUGCUCAUCACCGUGUUUGUGAGUUUAGCAGGAAAGCUCUCCUUCUGCACCGACAGGAUGAACCACUGCUUCUGUGAGCACAUGGCCCUGGUGGAGCUGGCCUGUGGAAGCACCUCCAUCAACAGUCUAGCAGGACUGAUGGCUGUGUUCCUCAUUCCUGUCUUUGACUUCUUUGUCAUCGCCGUCUCCUACGUCAGGAUUUUCAGCUCUGUGCUGAAGUCUAGAAGCUCUGGAGCCAAAGCCCUGCAUACCUGCGUCACACACAUCAUUGUCCUCUCUUUCAGUCUGACGCUGGCGCUGAUCGCUUUCCUGUCGUAUCGGAUCAGAAGCGGGCUGCCUGCAGCCAUUCGGGUUUUCUUCAGCACCAUGUACCUGCUGUUUCCCUGCUUCUUCAACCCGAUCAUUUACGGAGUCAGAACCUCUGAGAUUAGACAGCACAUGCUGAAGCUGCUGGCCCACUGGAGAUGUUCUGUCCAGACUCUACCCUUCUCUUAAGGGAUGUAUCAUGUCAAACGGAUUUCCGUGUUCCAACCAGACAUGCAAUAAAAUGCACUAGACUAUGUAAAAGUAUUUUCCUCCACACCGGCUUCGUGUUUUUGCUUGCUUUGAACAGUGCUCUUGUGAAACAGACAGACAAAUAGGUGAUAGAUAAUAAUAAUGACAACAACAACAACAACAACGUAUAGGGUCUUUAUAGCACUUUUCAAGGCACCCAAAGCACUUUCCAUUAUUCACACACUCACCUUAACACACUGCCAGUGAUGGUAAGCUACUACAGCCACCCCGGAGGGGUCUGACAAUGGUGAGGCUGCUACUCCGAAUCCGAAUCAGGGUUUAUUGCCAUAUGUGCGAGAAUCAAAACAUUAGGAAAAGCUGCGGUACUUGGUGCAAGAAAAAAAAUAAACAAUAAGCAAAAAUUCAAAGAAUCACGAAAAAGAAAAAUCAAGUAAUUCAAUUCAAUUCAAUUCAAGUUUAUUUAUAUAUCGCCAAAUCACGACAAGAGUCGUCUCAAGGCACUUCACAUAAUAAACAUUCCAAUUCACAGUUCAUUAAGCCAAUCAGGAAUAAUGUUUCAUAUAUAAGGAACCCAGCAAAUUGCUUCAAGUCACUGACUAGUGUCAGUGACUUGAUGCAAUCCUCAUACUAAGCAAGCAUAUAGCGACAGUGGAGGGGAAAACUCCCUUUUAACAGGAAGAAACCUCCAGAGAAUCCUGGCUCAGUAUAAGCAGCCAUCCUCCACGACUCACUGGGGAUGGAGAAGACAGAGCAGGCACACACACACACACACACACACACACACACACACACACACACACACACACACACCCCAAGCAAUGUGUCUAUGGUUACAUUGUGAUUUCUUAGUAAAUAUUCUAUUUGGCGAGAGAUAAACUAUUGUAUUUAUUCUAAUGAACCUAUAAUUAAAUGGGUAAACUAGUAGUAGCACAUUCAAUGUCAAAGAGAGUACAAAGUUAUUAUCAGGAGAGGGAAAAUGUUUAAGUGGUUAGCAGCAGUGGGCUAGACGAUGGCCCCCUCCAUGAGGCCAUCACAGCUCAGCAGAACAUCGUUGUAGCUUCUUCUGGGGAGAAAAACACUUAGAGAGAAAAUAAAGUUAACAGCUGAAAUAGCAGGAAAUAGUACAGUUAAAGAGCAGAUUGUAGAAGAAAGUAGUAGCGUGUGGAAAGUGGUCAGUGUAUCCUCCAGCAGUCUAAGCCUAUAGCAGCAUAACUACAGAGAUAACUCUGGAUAAUCUAUCCUAUUUAGAUGGAGGCAUGUUGGAGGCAGGGCAAGGGAGAGCCGUCUUUACCGACUGUACACUCCACCUCCCUCUACUCCCCCACUUGUCCAGAUCUAGGCUAACAUCAGAUUUUAACCAUAGGCCCUAUCAAAUAAAAAUGUUUUAAGCCUAGUCUUAAAAGUAGACAAGGUGUCUGCCUCACGGAAUAAAGCUGGGAGCUGGUUCCACAGGAGAGGAGCCUGAUAACUAAAAGAUCUGCCUCCCAUCCUAAUUUUAGAUAUUCUGGUAACCACCAGUAAUCCUGCAGUCUGAAAGCGAAGUGCUCGGUUAGGAAUGUAUGGAACAAUCAGGUCACUGAUGUAUGAUGGAGCUUGAUUAUAAUAGGUGAUACGAAUAAACACAAUGAAGUGAUAAUAAUACAGAGAGGCAAUAAUUAGAGAAGCGGCUACUAUAUACAAGUCACUGUAGAUACUGGUCAGCGCGGGUCAGUUUAGGUGCAAACACAACACUGGGUCAUGUGACUGAAACAAGCGACUGGAAUGGGCAGCCCUGAGUCCGAGCGCAGAGGGGAAGCAACUGUUCUUGUGGCGAGAGGUUCUGGACUAAAUGGACCGGAGCCUCCUGCCGGAUGGGAGCGAUUCAAAAAGACUGUUCAGGGUGAGACUGAUCAGAUGAUCCGACCUGCACGCCUCAUGGUCCUGGAGGUGUAAAAGUCCUGUAUAGAGGGGAGUUUGCAACCAAUGACCUUCUCAGAGCGUACAACACGCUGCAGCUUCUUCUUGUCCCUGGUGGUAGCUCCAGCGAACUACAUGGUGAUUGAAGAGGUGAGGAUGGACUCAUCCUAUUUCGCGCCAUUGGCCCCUCUGACCACCACCUGCACAAGCAAGUCAGGUGAAGUGUCUUGCCCAAGGACACGAUGGCAGAAUACCCCUGACGGGAGCUGAAAUUGUGCCCAUGACUCUCUGGUCAUGGGGCAACCCGCUUUACCUCCUGAGCUGCUGCCCAGACAGAUAAACUGACAGACAGACAGAUGGAUGGAUGGACCUUUAUUGUCCCAUGGGGGAAAUCUUUUUCACAUAAACUAUCAAACAGACUUGUCAAUGUGGACAAAACACAGACAGGACAGCACACACGGAAGUGGAUUGAAUAGGGAUUGGCUCGAGGUAACUUAACGUUGAUUUGCCGGCACGGUGUGUGUUGUAAAAAGGACCUAAGAAACCAAAGAAGUCCAGUGCCUUCGGUUGAAUUACAAGGCAUUCUGUCCUACAAGAGACCACUGCAAACGUAUCCAACAUGAGUAAAGUUGGUCUUAGUUAAGCUGGUUUAACUUCCAAAGCCUGGCUCACACGGCAGGAUGUCCAUGUCAGUUUUUGACACCACACACACACACACACACACACACAGACACACACACAGGCCACUGAGGCCAUCUUGUGGCCGAAAAGGGGCACGGCACGUACCCCCCCCCCCCCCACACACACACACACACACAUACACACACACACACAUACACACACACAAGAGAAUAAAUUGGGGGUCUCAAAAAGGGCCAACAUUUAUUCAAUUGAACCAGGUCCCCCGCUAUCUAAACACACAAACAAUAACUAGCUAACUAACCCUGGAUCUCCAAAGGCGGGCAGAUUAAACACUUAUCAUCGCACGGCGCUGAUCCCCAGCGCUGCGGAGUGUUCCCGAGAUGUCUGCUCUCACAGACAACACUAGCCUUAUAGGAGGAUCCGACACCUAAAAACAAAAACCCUACAAGGGAGCCUCAUAAUUAAACUGUAUAACGAAGCGGUCGUGAUGAGGAUGACAAAGCCCUUCUCUUGGAGAAUCUCCAGGCUGACUUCCUGGAGCAGUUUCACAGUUAUCCAACCCAUCCGAGACAACAGCACAAGCAGCCAUGGGCUUUGGUGACGGGGGGUUUACGCUCUUCCGGUUUUUCCGCUUGAGACGAAAACAAUCCCUAAUCAAAUUACCUUUUUCGUGACAAUAAAAACAUUCCGGAAGGUCACUGGAGUCAGAGGAGGUGUCAGAGGAUCUCCUACUUCGACCGGGGUCUGCUCUUGGUCCCCAAGACCGAUGCGUUAGCUUAUACUCAUCUGCUAACAGUGCAGCAGCCGAAAGAGUUGAGACCUUCUGUUUGUUUAAAUACAAAACGAGCCUCUCAGGCACGUGUCUUAUGGGGCGACGGUGGCACAGGAGUUAAGUGCUCACCCCGUAAUCGGAAGGUUGCAGGUUCGAGCCCCGCUCAGUCUGUCGCCGUCGUUGUGUCCUUGGGCAAGACACUUAACCCACGUUGCCUGCUGGUGGUGGUCGGAGGGACCGGUGGCGCCAGCGCUCGGCAGUCUCGCCUCUGUCAGUGCGCCCCAGGGCAGCUGUGGCUACAUCGUAGCUCAUCCCCACCAGUGUGUGAAUGUGUGUGUGAAUGGGUGAAUGACUGAUUGUGUUGUAAAGCUCCUUGGGGGGUUUCAAGAACUCUAGAAGGCGCUAUAUCAAAUACAGGCCAUUUACCAUUUACCAAACUCCUCCACCAUGAUUAGUUCUUUGAGGUCAGCUAAGGAGUCUACCCCUGAAGCUGAACACCAUUUUUCGAAGAGGCCUGAUUUCUCAUGAGCAUAUUCAACAUAUGUCUGAUUAGGCCAAGGUUUUUCAAAACGAAAGCGCUGACGAUAAGCCUCAGGAACAAGCUCAUAAGCAUUUAACACGGCGGCUUUUACACACUCAUAAUUUGAACUGUACGUUAGAGACAGAGCCGAAAUAACCUGUAGGGCCUUACCUGUGAGCCUACACUGCAAAAGUAACAUCCACACCUCACGCGGCCACUGGGGGGUCACCGCAAUCCGCUCGAAAACAGGAAAAUACCCAUCCGCUUCAGUCUCUCGGAAGGGCGGAAGCAGGGCAACACACUUUGAGACGUCGAAGGCGGGUAGCAAUGAUGCAGUAGCCGGAGGAGACAUAGUGUCUCAGGAGAGUUCAUGCGGCGA